CAGAUACAGCAAAUCUUGAUGUGCCACUUUAAAUACAGAAUAUAAAAAAACAAAAUAAAUUGUUGAAAUAUCUUCCGAUGGGGCACCGUUCCAGCAAACAAUCUGCUGGCCUAACCGAUGGUAACACUAGCAUCAAUAAAAAUUCAACUAAAGACACAUCAUCAGUAGCUAAAUUAUCCAAGCAAUCGACUCGUCAUUCGUCACGUUUUCCAAAGUCGCGUUCAGCAGAUAGCGAAAACAAUAAACAUUAUCGCCACUCAAUCGCAUCACUUAACAGCAGUAGUGGUAGCGCCGCUACUGUGUACGGGGAUAAGCUCUUGCCUGUUUUGCGGUUAGACAACGGCGAUUCCAUAACCUCCGAAGGCUCAUCGGGUCUCGGCUCAGUGACCAACAACUCAUCAGGCCAGAUUAUUAUAAAAAUACGCUUCAAAACGCAUACGCCGGGUGACAUGGACAAUGCAUCAGAAAAUGCACAGCCUUCGCCAACUGCAGCAGCCGAGUCCUGCGCUCCAGCGUUGGCAAAUAGCGAAGGUUAUCGCCGUUUAGUGGAUACGAAUUCGAAUAAGGUGCCGCGUGGUGAUGCGGUUUUAUUGAGAGCUGCUGGCAGUUCUCCCAACUCGGCGUUAAACAAUACAUACAGUGGUUGUAAUAUAAAUAAUAAUAGAGCAUCUCUUCCGGUACACUUGAAUGCUCUACGCAUUACUAAGCCGCUAUUGGAACAAGGGACGGAUAGCGCUAGUGCCGUUGAGUAUUACGAGGUUAACGAAGAGGCUACAACCUCAGCACGCACGCGGCCCGAUACAAGUCGGCGUCAGAAAACAAAGUCGGCUUUCAUGAAUUUUAGAAGCAUUUUGGAAUCUUUCAGCAGCAGCAGUAAAUCGCAGCUCAAUAAAAUUUCUUCAAACAGCAAUAGAAAUAAUAACAAUAACAGCAGCAGCAAUCAUUCCCGCAGUAUUACACAAACGCCGCUAUCGGCAUCACAAAUACAAAAUCAAUAUCGGCCUCGUGGCGGCGAUGCAACAGCUAGUUCUUCCAGCAUUUACCAUGAUACCCCAAUAAGUAACGCCAUUGCGCCGACAACUUCCAAUGCACUUAUGCCCGGCACUCCAUUAUCGAUUACUACCUCAACGGCAACACUUUCACCAUUACAACAGACGACGGCAACCACCAAUCAGCUGGCUAUUUGGGCGGCUAACAAAGAUGUAAUAAUCUCUGCCAUAAAUUUGGUGGUGUGUCCAUCCACAACGGGUGUCGGUUUGGAACGUUUGAUGACCACAGAACUCGUGGCUGGGAAUAGUGGCAGUGUUGGCGGCGAUGCAAGUAGUGGAGACCGCGAGCAAGCUUGCGCGGUGCCCACUUCGUUGCUAAGAAACAGUAGCACACAGGUGUCAGCGUCAGCGACUAGCGGCCCCAUUGUACACUCACAAGUAGAUUUUGUGCAUUAUCUUGUGCCAGAUUUGCUGCGCAUUUUUAACUCGAGCUUUUACUGGGGCAAAAUGGAUCGCUAUGAGGCCGAGCGUCUACUGGAAGGCAAGCCCGAAGGUACAUUCUUGUUGCGCGAUUCGGCGCAAGAAGAGUAUCUAUUCUCGGUAACAUUCCGAAAGUACGGGAGAUCGCUGCAUGCGCGCAUUGAGCAGAGUGGACACAAGUUCAGUUUCGAUUGCCACGACCCAGCAGUGUUUAGUACUUCAACAGUGACCGGUUUACUGGAGCACUACAAGGAUCCCGGUAGUGUCAUGUUCUUUGAACCGAUGUUGACUGUACCAUUCCAUCGCAAGACAGUCUUCUCUUUGCAACAGCUGGCGCGCGCUGCCAUUGUUUCCAAUACCACCUAUGACGGCAUAUCCGAGCUGGAGCUGCCGGUUCGCCUCAAAACAUACCUUAAGGAAUAUCACUACAAGCAAAAGCUAAGCGUGAAGCUACUCGACGACGCGCUACUCACAUGUGCCUAGUGUCCGCUGGGCGCGGCACAUUACCGCGCCGCCAUUAUUGCUAGCAACAAUGCUUUAGGUGCUAGCACUGGCGUAGGUGAUGGUGGCCGAAUGCUGAUGCAUGCAACAUCU